UUCCUCGAUAAAUGACGCAACGCGCAUGCGCACUUAAGAAAAGCGUGUGUCAAACGUGAGCGAGGUAGAGCUGCAGUUCAUCCCAACGGCGGUAGAUAUUCAGGCACGAAAGGAUGGCUGAAGAGCAAGAAAUGUCUCCCCUGGAAAAGAAAGUGGCUGAACAGAUCGAGUAUUAUUUCGGAGACCACAAUCUCCCUCGAGACAGGUUUUUAAAGGAGCAGAUCCAGCUGGAUGAUGGCUGGGUUACUCUGGAGACCAUGCUUAAGUUUAACAGGCUAAAGAAUUUGACCUCAGAUGCUGCGGUUAUCGUCGAAUCUCUGCGGAAAUCGAAAACGGGGCUGUUGGAGAUCAGUGAGGAUCAAACAAAGAUCAGACGGAGCCUGAGCAAGCCUCUGCCCGAGUACACUGAUGAGUAUAAAGAUGCCCUCAAACACAAAUCUAUAUACAUGAAAGGCUUCCCUUUGGAUACAACACUAGAUGAAAUUAAAGACUGGCUCGCUGAUAAAGGACAUGUGGAGAACAUUCAGAUGAGGAAAGGGCCACAGAAAACAUUCAAGGGCUCCAUCUUUGCAGUCUUGGAGUCAGAUGAAGCAGCGAAGACCUUCGUGGCAAGAGACGACGUUAAACAGUUUAAAGGAAACGACAUGAUUGUCCUCAUCAAGGACGACUACUUUGCUAAGAAAGCGGAGGAGAGGAAGCAGGGCCGCGCAGACGCCAAGGCCAAAGCCAAGAGUGAAAAAGAAGAGAAGCAGAAACAGGCUGAGAAGGAGGAGAUGAAAUCUCUGGACGAGCAGAGAGGCUGUGUGCUGAAGUUUUCGGGUGAACUGGACCACGUUUCUCGAGAGGAUUUCCACCAGAUCUUUGCCGAGCACGCUCAGAUCAAAUGGAUCGACUUCACCAGAGGAGCUAAAGAGGGCACCAUCCUGUUCCGCUCAGAUGCUAAAGAAGCCCUGCAGAAGGCUCAGGAAGCAGCCGGAGGCUCCGAGCUGAAGAUUAAAGAUAAAGACGUUCAGUGGGAGGUGCUGGAGGGCGACGUCGAGCUGGAGGUUCUGAAGAAGAUCCUGGAGAGCCAGCAGGAAUCGCUCAACAAACGCAAAGGAGGAAGAGGAGGUCACAGGGGACGCGGCCGAGGCCGGGGCGGCCGCAGGGACAGAGGAGGACGAGAGCAGACGCGGUUCCACGGCAAGAAGACUAAAUUUGAUAGCGACGAAGAAGAGGGUGACGACGCCGAGGACGCAGAGCCAGCGGCGAAGAAGCGAACCUUGGAGUCUAACGGCAAAGACGCCGGUACUCCAGCCACCAAGCAAGCGAAAGUAGAGAACGGCUCAUAAACGCACGGCUGCUUUAACGCGUAUUGUAAAUAUUCCCCACAGUUACAAUCAGAUCUGUCAGAAACGUGUCCACUGUGCCUGCUCACCCGCAGCUUCCAGUCUUUACGCUCGACUCGCACCUGAAUGAGCGAUACGGCGAAACGCGUUUCGUGUCGAAUUUUGAGAAGGAUUACUGGCACACAUCCUUAUUUCAGCUCUUUGUAUUGAAUCAGCCGAUCGCGAACCUGAUCGAUCACACGACGUUUAGCUGUAAUUAACCUUUGUAGCUUGUGCUUAAGAGGGAAUAUUAACCUUUACAAAUGUUUAACAUCAGUCCACUUGCUGUUUGUGUCGUUUUCCACUCAACAUCCUGCACAGUCCAGAUUGUCUAAGUGUCUGAUGAAGGUGAAUUAAGCGGACAGUGAGGUGUCGAUGACGAAGCGUUGGGUGAAGGUUCAGAGCACAUACCAGAUAAACGUAACUCACUAAUGUUAACGACUUCCUGUAAGUGUGUCACGUUACUUUUUUUGACUAUUGUUUUUGUUUUCUAAUUACUUGGUUGAUGUGAUCAGGUUUGUGAUUGGCUGAUACAAUGUUAAGUCCCGCCCUUUUUGUCAUCUCAGCAAAAUCAGGACGCCGAUAAGCGUGUUUGGGUUUCAUUUUUAUCUGUGUAGCUUCAUAACGGUUCGUAACACCACAUUAUUGUGUUUAAACUGUUCCUGAUCUUACAGGACUUUGGGUUUGUUGUCCCUAAUGAUGAAGACUGUAACAUUUCUGUAAUAUAACCCCACAAAGCGAUGAUCAGCACCACACAUGUGAUAUGUCCCGUGUUUCUCCAGACGGAAAGCACAGGGACCUUCAUGGAUCCUGCUAACUGGACCUCAGAACCGUUCUGUUCCCUUCUGAACUGGAAAGCCUUGUAGAAAAGCAUCUCCUGACUAUACCUUGGAUUUCAGUCUCAUAUAUUCAUUCACGAUAAUCACAGACCUUAGAAACCGGUGUAAAAGUUGGCGUCAUAAGCCGUACCUUAUCUGCUACUAAGGGUUUUUAUUUUCCCUUUGUCAAGACGACCAAAAUAAUCUUUUUCUUUUUAAUUGGGUUAUUAUUUUGUGACUGAAGCCUCUUAUUCCAAAGUGCCAUUUUUAAUUCACUUUGUUUUCUUUAAACCGACUCCGAGCAUUUCAACAAGAGGCACUCUGACGUUUUUUUGACUACUUUGGUUUUCAUGUGUGAACUUUAGCUCAUUUCAUAUUUUGAAUUUGAAUAAAAAUGAAAAACUUUAA